CGUUUUUUCAAAGGCUUUCACGCAAGUCAAAAAAUAGUCAUCAAAGAAGUAAUUCAACAAUUAUGAUACCGAUAUACGUUGAAAAAGGAAUUGGUUAUUUGUGGAACUCGGAACAUUGGUAUAUUUUACGUACUCAGCAUCGAAUAUGCUCUGCUUUCGUUGGCUCAGUACCUUCAUUUCCAAGGCAAAAUGAUUUCUUGGAUCUUUGCAGGGCUUCCGAUUGCAUUAUCUUCUGAAGAAACAGCAUUAUUGGUUGAAAAGAGGAUAUGUGAACUUCAUGAAAUGCCAGCUGAAUUUUGUAAAUAUGAACCAACAGAAAAGGAUAAAGAAUUAAUGGAAGAAUUUUUAAAAAAAGUACUUGAACAACAAGCAUCAGCAUUAAAGAAACGCAAAAUAGAACAAUUAUCACAAAAGAUUGAUAUCAUUGUGGCUGGGAAAAAGAAAAACCUCAUAAAUAAAGGGAUGUCUGAUGCAAAUAUUGAUAAAGAUGCAAUGUUGGAAGAAGAAAUAAAAAGAAUACAAGAUUUAGAUCCAGACCACACUUUAGUACAACUUCCACAAGAAAUGUAUAGAAAUAUAGAAACCAGUCCAGUAGGUUUGGAUGUAUUAAGACCAAAUAUUUUGGAAGGAGAUGGUGCCAUUAAGUAUUCUAUAUUCAAAGACUUAUGGGAGAAAGGAUACUAUGUUACCAGUGGAUCAAAAUUUGGAUGUGAUUAUCUUAUAUACCCAGGCGAUCCUGUGCAGUUUCAUGCCUCGCAUAUGGUUCGAUGCGUUUGUAAUCAAGAAAAUGUUUUCCACCCUAAAAGCUUAGUGGCGUUCGGCAGAUUAUCAGUGGCCGUCAAUAAGUAUGCAGUUUUUGCAUAUAGAACUCAGUGUGCGCGAAUUGCAUAUCAAACUCUGCAAUGGCAUGACAGCAUGGAUUCUUGAAGAAUCAUUAAACAAUAAUAAAGUUUAAUAAAGGAA